AUGAACCAUAUAGCUAUUAAAAUAGAGGCUCAAAAUAAGAUUAUAAAUAAAGAAAUGACGUUCUAAUAUGUGGAUCAGAAGCUUACAUAAUCAAUCCUCCAAGUGUGUGUCUGCUUGUUGCUGAAAAGUCACAACCAGGAAAUUAAAGAUGAUGCCGACAAUUCAGUUAUCCCUCUUUCUACUGCUCUAACCUAGCCUAUAAAAAGACACACAUACAAAAGCAAGGAUAAGAUAGGCCUUAAAGGAUGACGGGUAGACAUCAAUCACAAUAUGCACGUUAUGCUUCUUCAAAUCAGCCUUAUCCCAAUGUAGCUGGAAACAAUAAUAAUCUCAACAUUCCGUUUCCUUCACAGAAUAGUAGCACUCCGUACUCUAGUCAGCAAUAUCAGUACGGCAAUAGUCCCUCGAUGCCUUCACCAUACUCCAGUUCAUCCUCACCAGGCUAUCAUUCACCCAAUGUCCAAAGGAAUGCUCAAAGUAUACCAUUAAAGAAAUAUACAAUGCAACCUCCACCGCGAAAGCUCCCUUUGAGCAAAACAAUGCCCUCCCUCGGCUAUCCAGACAUAUUCCCUCAGCGUCCUGGACAAGAAGAGGACAUUCUAACCGAAUCUAACAUCCGUCAAGGUUUCAUUGACAAGCCAAUCGUUUCAAGCGAAAAUAGUUCAGCUCAUGAUAUCAUUUGUGGGAGACUUCAAGAAGAUCAACGUGCAUUAAGCGAUCUUAGUGAUUUUAUAGUUGACGUAUUGCACAGACAACAUCGAGCCAGCUACAUCACUGGGUCAUCUUCUUUCAAGCCUCCUAUGAGAACAACCUUGAUAGAUGCUAAAAGAGAGCAGUGGAUGCAUGAGCUAGCAUCCGGAGUAAUUCCGUUACGAAAGCUUGCUCGAAACGUGCCUCAUGGAUUUAAAGGUGAGAAGUUGUUGGAAACAUUGGCUAUCAAACAAGUGCCUUUUCUAAGGGCAACAUGGUAUAUCAAAAUUGUUGGUCUUUCGGAAAUGAGUCAAAGAAAUGCAAGCAAUGCAGCAGCAUCGAUGGGCCCACAGACAAUACAGUGGACAAUGACUGUGACAAGUUAUUUAAAGAAGCAGCUGGGCGAAUUAAUGCCCUCACAUUAUGGAAAUGCAAAUAGUGCGGCAAGCCCACAUGCAACAGGUGGAGCAUCCAAUCGUGGAUAUAAAAAUUACAGUCACCAUGACAACCCAUCUAAACCAUGGCUAUCGGCUGAGAGCAGAUCAAAGUUUGAGCAGAAAUGGACAUACAGCGUCAAAUUGACUCACUGGCAAUACUAUGAAGGACUUUUAGAUCAACGAACGUUUUUGAAAUGGUCACUUGAUACACUAGCUGCUAGCUCAUCUUUUGAAAUCAUGUGGGUGAUACUGACAGGACUUGUACAAGACUAUGUAAAUGAAUAUAAGCGGAACCGAACCCUUACAAAACUGCUGAUAGAGACACUGAUUAGAUAUUAUAAUGCUCUCAUACAAUGUAUAAACCAAGGAACAUCAGAUGAAGCAGAACGAAGAGUGCAUUGUGGGCUUCAAAGGGAUAUAGAGACAUUAUUACAGUCACUUUUUCUUUCUGCUCCUGACAUGUUUGUAAUACCUAAACUGUACCAUCAGUAUCACCACUUGCUCAACAUGAUUAUUGGUGAAGACAGCAAUACAGGAGUUAUGAAGAGUUCACCAGAUGUGCGUCGUAUGAUGAAUGAAUACUGGACAAUGGUUAAGGCACGUAAUGAAGUGUUUUGCGGAAAUAUGGAAAACAAUGAGAUGAAAGUAGAUAAAAACAUAAAAUCACAAAGCCAAUCAUCAUCUGUGCAUAUUCACGAUGAUGGCAAUGAAGAACGAAUAGUGCAUAUUCUUGACAGCAUCGGUAAAAAUGUCGAUAGUAUCACGGGAUUACAGAUAAAAGGAGAUAUAUGGGUGGAUGCGCGUGGCCGCUCAGCAAAAUGGGCUGCAAAAGCCAUAUUUAGAUCAAGCAGUCCAUCGGAACCUGAGAGUGUUGUUAAGAUCGUACAUUCAAUGUGUAGAUGGGCUAUCAAUGAAGCUAGGUAUGGUGAUUGGAAAGCGUACCUUAUUGCAUCUAUUUUGUUAUCAUGGAAAGAAGACAAUAAUACGACAGAAAUCAAAACGCUCCUACAAGAGAUACUCAUCCGAUUCUUGGACGGUGAGACGUACUCUGAAAACAUGAGUGAGGAUACUGAAGAUGUUGAUGUGGAAUAUACAAGUGAAGAUACCAAAGCAACAAACCAGCACAUCAUUUAUUUGUUUGAUGUUUUAAUAAGGCUGAACUUAUUUUCAUAUCAAAAGUAUCUACUAAGACUAAUUGCAAGAGGCGACCUAGAACCAAAAAGACGAUAUGAGUCCCAUAUUCAGCGACGCCUUCACUAUCUAGCAUCCUUUCCGUUAAUCAUACCUACUCCUGCUUAUUUAAAGAACCAAAGGCGGGUUGCACUCUACGGAUCUCGUCAAGAUAGCGAUAAGGAAAUAGAAAAUGAAAGCCUCAACAACCUAAAGCACCUUGCAAGGCUUUCUGUGAUGGGAUUUGAUCAUCACGAUACAGACUGCCUUUUUGGUGCUGAUGCACAAGAUAUGACACAGCCUUUGUCAACAGAUACCUUUGAUUCGUACAAUUUAGCAUUCUCUCAAGAACUGAGGCAAAAGUUUGUGGAAAUGAUGGAAUCUACAACACGGUUUGUAGUACUAGAGUUCACAAGUAACUGGUUGCUUAAUGAAGUAAAGAGAUUUGUUGUCAAAAGCAUACAGAUUGGUGAGGAUAACUGGAGAGUAAUGACAACCCCUGGUUCUUCCUUGCUUAAUUCUCGUCAGUUAGUCACUAUUAUUUAUAUUAUGGAAUGCGCAAAGGAUUACUUAAGUAUCAUAGAGACAGCUAUAUGGGUUCUUCAAAAGACAAACGACCAUUCACUGCAUCCUUUUAUCAUCAAUACAUUUAGAAAGUAUUCUUGUUACUGGAAAUUGACCAACAGUAGUAAUAGAGUGAUUAAUGCUAUUUGGACAAAGCAUGCAAGCCUCUCUUCAAAGGGAGAAAAGGAUAGAAAUAUUAUGAUGUAUAUGGUUCAACUUGUGCAAGAAGGCUAUCAAAUGGAUGACAUUACCCGUACACAGUUACAACAAGACCUGCAAAUCAAGUCAAAGAUGCGUAGUCAUUAUAUGAAUAAUAUAUCAGUGAAGAAUGAACUUUUACAGCUUGCCAAAGAUCCCAAUAGCUCAUCUGUGCAGCUUCUCGCAGAGUCUUUAUCACUACCCUCUCAAAACGCUACCGGCUGGAUCGGUCUUAUCUUUGAGAAUGUUGGAGAAGUUUUACAGAUAGUCAGCAAAGAAAAGCGAAUUUACGAAGAAAUUAAAAGUUACCGCCACGGACGAUUCUUGUCACAAGCACUAUUCGAAUUUCAUCGGCUGCUACGAGCAUUUGCUUAUGUGAUUAAACAAGUGGCUAACGCAACCAUCCUGACAGGACAAGCCGACGCUGCAGUAACAUAUUGGCUAUGGAACAAUGGAGUAGUUCAAGAAGAUAUGCACAAAGAAAAUUCAUGGGUUCCUCUUUUUGUGAUCAUGCUUGUAACCAAUAACCUUAUCACUUUGGAUGUGCUCAUCAAGGACUUUGCUGUGCCCUGGUUUGAACGAAUUGGACAAGAAGGACAUCAACAAUUCUGUGCUGAUGAUGCAAAAGUGAACACGUUUUGUCAGAAUUUAAUUAUUUUGAUCAGGUUAUUGGUCAUUCAAAAUGAUAAUGAACCCAAAUCUGAAGAAGAAUCGGCCACGUUAUCAUGGCAACUUAGAAUAGAAGAAUUUUUCUUGCUGGAGGUACAGCGACAGUCCCAUCUGGCAUGUAGUCUUGAUAGGAUCGAACCAUUGUUUAGCCUUAUGGAACAAAUCAUCAUGAUUGCUACCAAUCUGCCACUAAGCUCUUCUUUGUUACAAGAUCUUGUCAUGCUUCGGGCUGACUUGCUACAUAUAUCUUGGUUUAGACAAGCUUGCUUACGGGAUCUUAAUGGUGUAUAUCAACGAUUUGCAUCUCGUGAAGCUGAAGCAGUGACAGAAAAGCGACUGAAGAAGAAAAUGUUAAAUAUUGUCGAAGAACUUAUAGGCGGUGAUCUAUUAGCUACUCAAACCAUGAUGCAAGACACAGCACCAAAUUUUGUAGAUAAACUUCAGAGAGUUUUCUUGAAUGUGAGUCAAUGGAAUGAGGCUCAAUGUCGUGUCCAGAUGAAUUUGCUUCUCGAUAAUAUAUCUUUGUAUGACGCCAGUAAUCAGAAUCCCAACAAUCCACAUAUCUUGAGCGACGAUCUCUCAGUGAAUAUUACUCAACACACACUGGUAUCGCCGCCGAACAAGGACUUACAUACCUUUGUUUGCUUUUUUUAUGAUGCUGUGCUUUCAGAUGGAAAAGAUGACGGAGAAAAAGCAACUACCUUACGUCGAUUUCAAUUCUUCAAAAAUUUAAUUCAUGAACUACGAGAACCUGUUCUAUCUGAACUCCUAACUCAUGGCAUUCGCUUACUAGAGGGCGACACUUCUCUGUCAUUUCCUGAAAAUAUGCUUUUAAUUCAUGCUGCUGAUCAAGGCUCACAAUUUGAUGCAGAUAAAUUUACUUAUCGAAGCCAAGCGUUUCUGAAUAUAAUACAGCAUAUGUUGGCAGAAAACAUCUGGCCCAAUGAAAAGAAAAUCGAGUUGGUGAAGAAUAUAUACCGUCAGAUUGUGCGAUUUAGAAACAGUAUACCCGUCUACAAAGUGAUGCAAGGAGCAAAUGUUUGCUUUUCGGAAGCUGCUGCUGCCAUACAGAUAGCUAAAAAUGAUACAGAUAUGGCUAUUAUCAUGCUUUUGACCGAAGGAUUACCUGAAAAUGUACAGAUAGAUAAUGAAAUUAAGCUGACAUUACAAGAACUUCGAACCAGUUUAUUGCUGAGAUUGCAAUUGAUCGUACCUUAUAUGUCACUGAUAUGGGAGCAUCCAAAGGAAGAUGAAUGCGAUAUUCUCGAUUGGAUUCGUACUUUAGUCCCUCUUUUAGGCAGUCCUUUAAUUCACGGGAACGGUAGCCAGGAACAGUUUUUUGAAUUUAUGCUUGAUUUCAUGUCGCUAUUGAUUGAUGAAGUGCCAAAGGAGCUGAAGAAGGCUAGUUUACAACUAUUGAAUUCUAUGCAUAACGAAUUAAGCUCUGUUCCUGGAAUGUUUCAAACUCGAGUCAAGCGCAUCAUGCCUUUCUUGACUCAUAAUAUUUAUUUAAAUAGUACACGAUUUGCAUCCUCAAUUCUAGGCCUACAGUCUAGCACUGAUCCUCAACAGCAACAACAACACUUGGAGGCAUGCCUUGAGCAAAGUAAGCCUUGGGAAUGGCUUGAAGAUUAUGCAAAUGAAACAUCGCAUGACAACGAUGCGCCUAUAAGUUUAACACUUUUCAAUGCUCUUAAACCCAAGUCUGUAGAUAAUACUUAUGUAAAAUGGUUCAAAUUUGGCUUUGACGCUGAAGUACCAAAUCAAAACUUUACCGAAGAACGUACAAGUAAAUAAAUCGUUCUAAUAUCUGCUAAACCCUUUUUAUGAAUAUUACGUUGUUGUAUAAUUAAUAAAAUACACCCAACACCGAGCUGCACCAAUUUUGAAGGAAUGCUGCUGAAUGAAUCGUUACUGAGAGGAGUCUUUGAAGUAACUGUAGGUGCAUUAUGUCCUCCCUUAUCAUCAUUAUCUUCAAUUCUAAGCUUACUGAAGGCACUAUCAUAUGUCUCUUCAAGACCAACGUAGCUCUUAUCCGCUUGCGUAAAAAUAGGAAAAGGGUAAAGUUAUCCAGAUAAAUAGAAGUACCUGCAUUAAUGCCCAAGACUUGGGCUCAAGCAGCCAAAUAGACAGGGAGCAUUUAGGUGUAUAACUAUGUCAGAUGAAAACUAGGUUAACGAUCUCUUUUUUCAAAGAGAUGAUUUGCUGUUCAGCAAUACGAAGUCAGUCGUGUAAAAUGGUAUACCAUAAGUUUUUAAUCCGAAACCAGAGUUUUC